AAAACUGGUUUGGUGCAUGUUGCGAGGAAGAAUCCAAAAAAUGCGCAUGCUCAUUUCAUUCUUGGUCUAAUGUAUCAAAGGCUCGGUCAACCUCAAAAGGCAAUUUCGGCUUAUGAGAAGGCAGCAGAGAUAUUGCACCGCAGUGAGGCAGAGAUUGCACGGCCAGAGUUGCUUUCCUUAGUUCAAAUUCACCAUGCCCAGUGUCUUCUCCUAGAAAAUUCAGUAGAUAACGUUUUGGAUAAAGAGCUUGAACAUGAAGAACUUAACGAGAUCCUCUCUAAAUUGAAGGAGUCAAUGCAGUCAGAUAUUAGACAAGCAGGUGUAUGGAACACCCUAGGCUUGAUUCUUCUCAAAACUGGUCGACUGCAGAGUGCCAUCGCAGUUUUAUCAUCUUUGUUGGCUCUUGCCCCCGACAACUAUGAUUGCGUUGGAAACCUUGGGAUUGCUUAUCUCCAGAGUGGAAACUUGGAGCUUUCAGCAAAGUAUCUCCAAGAUUUGAUCAUUAAAGACCAAAACCAUCCGGCAGCUUUAAUGAACUAUGCUGUAAUUCUUCUUUGUAAAUAUGGUUCAGUUGUUGCAGGUGCUGGUGCAAAUGCCAGUGAAGGAGCUUCCAGGGAUCAGUUUCCAGCCAUCAAUGUUGCGAAGGAGUGUUUGUUAGCCGUAGUAAAAUCUGAUCUGAAAGCAGCACAUACAUGGGCGAAUCUAGCCAAUGCAUAUUAUUUGAUCGGUGACCAUAGUAGUUCCAGCAAAUGUUUGGAGAAGGUUGCAAAACUGGAACCAAAUUGCAUGUCUACUCGAUACGCCGUUGCAGUCCAUCGAAUCAAGGAUGUUGAAAGGUCACAAGCUAGUGAACAACUUUCUUGGGCUGGCAAUGAAAUGGCAUCAGUACUAAGAGAAGGAGAUGCUGUGCCAAUUGAACCUACCGUUGCAUGGGCCGGACUUGCCAUGGUUCAUAAGGCUCAACAUGAGAUUGUGGCAGCCUUUGAGACGGAACAAAAUGAGUUAGUCGAGGUCGAAGAGCGAGCUAUCUUCAGUUUAAAGCAGGCAACAGCUGAAGACCCAGAUGAUGCUGUGCAAUGGAACCAGCUAGGACUUCAUAGUCUCUGUUCUCAGCAUUUUAAAACUGCACAGAAGUCUUUGCAAGCCGAAUGCGUUUACAAGCGAGCACUUUCAUUGGCAUCAGCGGAACAAGCACACGCAAUAUUUUCCAACCUGGGGAAUCUCUGACAACAAAAGCAAUAUGAACGCGCCAAGGCAAUGUUUACGAAGUCGCUUGAACUCCAGCCUGGAUAUGCUCCGGCUUUUAAUAAUCUCGGUCUCGUGUUUGUCGCCGAGGGUCAAUGGGAAGAAGCAAAGUUCUGCUUUGACAAAGCGCUUCAGUCGGAUCCAUUGCUUGAUGCGGCCAUAUCCAACAUGAUUAAAACCGUGGCCUCGUCUCAACGGUGUGCGGGUUUGUCGUCGUUUCUCAUACCCGAUUAAUUAACGUUCCUGGAAAUAUGUAAAAUUAUGGUUUAUAUAUCUGUAUAUAGUGUACAUUAUAGAGGAAAUGCGACAGAACAAUGCGUUGUAUCUUUAAA